CACAACACCAAAAAAGAAAGAAAGAACAAACAAGAAGCAAAAAACAAAACCUUCCAUUUCAAGAAAGAAUCGUUUUUUUCUGUCCGAAAAUGGACGAUCUGGAACAAGAGUACAAGAAUUACUGGGAAACCACAAUGUUCUUCCAGAAUCAAGAACUCGAGUUUGACAGUUGGCCAAUGGAGGAAGCGUUUUCAGGUUCGGGUGAAUCUAGUUCGCCGGAUGGAGCAGCAACGUCGCCGGCUUCUUCUAAGAACGUUGUCUCUGAGAGGAACAGACGGCAAAAGCUUAAUCAGAGACUCUUCGCUCUCCGAUCAGUCGUCCCCAAUAUUACCAAGUUGGACAAGGCAUCUGUCAUCAAAGAUUCAAUAGAUUAUAUGCAAGAACUUAUUGAACAAGAGAAGAGGCUUGAAGCAGAGAUCAGAGAGCUUGAAUCACGAUCAAUGCAACUAGAAAAUCCGAUGAAAGAUUACGAUUGCGUCAAUAAUUUUUCUGAAAAUCAGCUGCAAAAUUUCCCGGACGACAUAAAUGUCAUGAGAUCAAAGAAGUUCAAGCAAAUCGAUUACAGCACUAGAGUACUACAAUACUCCCCGAUCGAAGUUCUUGAGCUGAAGGUGACAUGGAUGGGAGAAAAGACAGUAGUGGUAUGCAUAACAUGUAGCAAGAAGAGAGAGACAAUGUUGCAGCUUUGUAAAGUGUUGGAGUCUUUAAAUCUCAACAUUCUCACUACUAACUUCUCUUCUUUCUCCUCUCGUCUCUCGACUACUCUCUUCCUCCAGGCGGAUGAAGAAGAAAGCAGUGCAGUAGAGGCCAAGAUACAAAUGGCAAUCGCAGCUUAUAAUGAUCCAAAUUAUCUUAUCAACUUCUAAAUUACUUUUAUUUUUUACUUAAUACGUUUUAUGCAAUAUAUGUGAAGAGGUACAUUGUUGUAACUUGUAAGGGUUGAUUUAUUUUCUGAGCUACAAAACGUCUGAUGGUAUCAUCUUAAAUUUAAAUAAUAUAUGAAAGUUCCUUUA